GUUCCAAAGUGCAUCUUCGCGGGGGCGCCUUUCGUUGCUUGUAUGUGCAGGUGUUGCUGGGAUAUUGGCAUUGGCAUUCCCUGUGGCAUUCCCUACCCCCUCCACAGCGUCCGCGCGCCGUCGCAGCUGUUGGAACUGUUGCGCGUUGUGUGCCGGCCGCCGCUCCACCACCCUGGCCGGCCGCACUGUUGCCGAGCGAGCCCAGAGCUUCGGCCUGCCCGCGCUAGGCUCUGCCCCAAAUACAAAAUAGCUAAACAGCUCCGUUCGGCAACACUGCUCCAGUCCUCUUUCUCCCUGUCCUUCCUUCCUUGUUUGCUGCAAUUGUAGGUUCGCUUUCCGCUGCUUUUCGUCCCGUCAGCACUGUGCCGCGUCGUGUCCCCCUUCCACCCAGACCUUCCCCCCUGUCCCCCCUCCCCUCCAGGCAAGUCGGAGUCAGAGUCAGUCAGAGUCCCUCCCCUCCCCCACCCAGUCCCCCAGUCCGGCUCGAGCACCCGUCUGCGGCGGUCGCCUCGCGUUGAGUUCUCCGGCCGUGUGCUGUUCCGAGUCUACCUGUCGGUGCGAAGUGACAUUCGAAAGGGCAUCAUCAUGAAGAGCGCGGCGUCCGUCGCGCCCCCGCAGCCCUGCCACUUCAUGAAGACCGCCAGCCCAGCGGGGGGCCAGGGUGCCCAGGGGCGCGCCGGCCGCUGGCCAACCAGCAAGGGCAGUAGGAAGAAAGCCGCUAGGAAGGCCAAAGCACUGCAACUCGCUGGCCAGUGCGCCGUAGCGCCCCCUGCCGACGUUCACCAAGUCACCGUGCAACCCCCUGUCCAGGCGCCCAGUAGGAAGAAGGCACAGAAGAAAGCCGCCAGGAAGGCCAAGGCCAAGGCCCGCCGACUGCAGCGCGCUGCCAAGGCUGGCCAGCGCGCUGCAGCACCCCCUGCCGACGUUCACCAUGUCACCGUGCAACCCCCUGUCCAGACGCCUGCACCCGAACCUCGCGGCAGCAGCGUGACGGUGGAUGCCGGCGGCCUCGGAGCGGUCGACAUCGGCGUGGCAGUCACGGCCCCCGCCAGCGCGGUCGUGCAGCCCUCGACCGCCCCAGCUGGCCGUCCGGUCAAGAAAGGAGUCCGACGAUGCGGCGUGGAGGGCGCCGCGGGGGCGGCCUGCUCCAGCACGGGCCUGCUGUCCACGGCCUUGUCCACGGCCGCCGCGCUGCCCACCGCGUCCGCGGCCGGGUCGGUGUUCCACUUCGAGGCGACGGCCGAGUCCAACGCCGCGGUGGCCACGGCCAGCACGGCCGACGCUGCCGCCCCCGCCGCCCCGAACCCCAAGAAGCGCGCCGCCGACGACGACGCGGAGGUCGUGGACUCGACCACCUCACCGCUCACCUCGCCGAUCGCCAGCGCUGUCGUCAACGCCGUCGCCAGCCCCGCCGGCGGUGUCCCCGUGCCUCCGGACGCGAAGCGCGCGCGGUGCGACGUGGUCGACUUGGACCUGGACAAGGUCAUCGAGCUGCUCGAAGGCAGUGGCGCCCGGCUGGUCUACCGGACCGGCAGGGCCAGGGAGCCGUUGGAACAGGCAGACUGGACGGUGCUGCCGCCGACCCCGGAGGACGCCGUCGGCAACCCUCUGCGCUACGAGCCGCUGGACCACGGCAGCUCCGAGUACCAACGCCUUCAGGCGGACUUCGAGUCCAGAUGUCUUGGGAAGGGCUUCCAGGUGACUCGCGUCUGCAAGGUGGUGAACGACUGGCUGCUGUACGAGUUCCAAGAGCGCGUGCGGCGCCUGGAGGAGCAGUGCGGUGACGUGGCGGUGCUGCGCGUCUACCACGGCACGCCCAGGGCCAACGUGCACUCCAUCGCCAUGGGCAACCUGGACCGACGCUACGCCGGCCGCGCCACGAACCACGCGUGGUGGGGCAAGGGGGUUAAUUUCUCCCCCAUUUCGUACUACGCGUCGCACUACGGCGACCAGGGCACGUUCCGGUCCAUGAUUGUGUCUGAUGUGGUGGUGGGCAGGGCGUGCAGUGUGCGCGGCCCUGCGCAGGCGCCACCGCUCCCCGGUCUGCCGGUGCAGCGGUAUGAUACAAAUAUAAAAUUGCCACAGCCCCAGGUUAUUUGCAAGUUUCUGGACCAUCAAUUCUACCCCACUUAUAUUAUAGACUAUACGGUGCCGCCGAGGGGUCACCGUAGUUGCCCGGAAGUAGAAGUAGAGUGGUGCCCGUGGUGGUACACUGGAAAUUAUGACGUGUCUUCCGGGCUAUGGCUGGGGGGUUUUGGGGGCAUUGAAUUUUGAGACAUGGUUUACUGCGUUGUUAUAAUUUUAUACCACCUGUCCUCCGUUUUUUUUUCUUGUGUUUUGUAUGUUUAUUUUAAUUGAUUUUUAUAUACUUAUGUCAUUCUUGUUUUGAUGCACUAUGGACUAUAUGACUGUCAUUGAUUUAUGCGGUGUGGCAAAUGUCACCAAAUGAUACAUAUGAACUAUUUAUGUGUGGAA